AUCUAAUCUUAAACGACAAGGGCCGCCAAAAAAUCGCAAGCACCGAUAACAAAUAUAAAACCAAAUAAAACCCUCGACAUAUCCUCGUUUUCCUUGCUCCGCCUAUCUCCUUCGUUUGUCACGAAACUCCUUUGUUUGUCGUGAAAUGAUGAAGGCAUCUUUGAAGGGCAAGUACGAGAAUGACAAAAGCAGCGGAGCUGCUACGAUCGCCUUCAACGCCGGCGAUGUUAAGCUCCGGGCUUCGUUGACGGACGCCACCGUUGUCAAUGGCCCGAGCUUGAACGGCUUGGCUUUAGGCAUCGAGAAACCUGGCUUCUUCAUCGUCGAUUACAACGUCCCUAAAAAGGAUUUUCGGUUUCAGUUUAUGAAUACUGUUAGGGUUGCUGAUAAGCCCUUGAACCUCACAUACAUUCACAGCAGAGGGGAUAACCGCACGAUAUUGGAUGGGGCGCUUGUGCUUGAUUCGGCGAACAAGGUGUCUGCCAAUUACAUGCUUGGUACAGGGAAUUGCAAGUUGAAGUAUACUUAUGUGCAUCAAGGAGUGACUACAUUUGAGCCAUGUUAUGAUUUGGCAAAGAACUCCUGGGAUUUUGCUGUCUCGCGGAAGGUUUAUGCUGAUGAUGUGUUUAGGGCUACAUAUCAAACAUCAAGCAAGGCAUUAGCUUUAGAAUGGUCAAGGAAUUCAAAAUUUAGUGGAAAUUUCAAGAUCGCUGCAUCCGUCAAUUUGGGAGAGGAAUCGAAAGUGCCAAAAUUAAGUGCUGAGAGUACAUGGAACUUUGAGGUGUGACAUGUUCUUUGGUGAUGAUUUAUUUGAUAGAUGCGACAUUAUAGUGUUCAGGUCCCUUAAAUUUGGAAAAACAUUGCACCCACCAUUGGCUGUGCCCCUAGUAGCUGUAUGCUUCUAUUUGUAAUAUUCCUUGAAUAUUGUUCAUAAUUGCGGCGAGCGAGCUGAUGAUUGGCCAGGCAGCAACUCCAUCGCAGCAAUUGUUAAAACUGCUAUUUUUUUUUCUGAAAUAUAUUACCGUUUCGGUAAUUUUAAAAUUUUGUAUCUUUAAUUAUUACCCCUUGUCCUUAUUCAAGGGUCAGCGUUUUUUUUU